AUGGGUGGUGGGAAUGGUGGAGGAAUGGGAGCUGGAGGAACUGGAGCCAAAGGCAUGGGUGCUGGAGGCGUGGGUGCUGGGGGUGGGUGCUGGAGGCCUAGGAGCUGGAAGCACAGGUGCUGGAGAAUGGGUGGAGGCAUGGACGGUGGAGGAAUGGGUGCUGGAGGCAAUGGUGCUAAAGGCAUGGGUGCUGGAGCCAUGGGUCCUGGAGGCAAUGGUGGAGGAAUGGGUGGAGGCAUGGGCGGAGGCAUUGGAAAAGGUGCAGGUGAAUAUGGAUACGGCGCCUCCAUGGAGUACUCCCACGAGGAGCAGGCAGUGGAGAUGACAGAGAGGAGGACGGUGCUCAUCAGAACAGUUAAAUCAGAGGACGAGACACUGGAAAGCGACACAACGGAGCAAACCUACAUCAUCUCUGGCGCUGCCGAUGACUCGGACGAGGAAUAGGCGUGAAUGACCAUGUGACCUCCUCUCACCGCUUAACCCCUCACGCCCCUGGAGCUUUGCACUGACGGCCCAUGUCUGGUCUCUGACCUUUGACCAAGACAUGAGACCAUGAAUGACCCUGCAGCCUAGUCAAGCAGUAUCCUUCGGCUCUUGUAAUGUGCCUUUGAACCACAUAUUCAGAACCUCUGUGUGCCUUACACAGCUACUCAACAAGCAGCAAAUAAAGCUCUCAGCAAUCAA